GUGUUAUCCUGAACCGCACCCCGAGUGGAUAUCGAGAAGUGCCGUGUGAACUCUUGGUCGACUUGUCGAGAACGCAGCGAGUCGGUUGAAGGCGGUUCUCUUGGGAAGUCGCGGCCGAGCCGGUGGUAAGGGCGGAUCAUCCUCUCUUACUGCUGCCCGCAGUCUGACGAGCUCGACGGCUCUGAUGGUGAUGGGUGACGUGAAAAUGGCCUCCGAACUGCUUGCCGAGGCGCCUCUGGCCUCUGCCGAGGAAGACUUCAGUGACUUCAAUUGCAACAAGCUCAUCGACGACAGCCAACGUGACGGCAACAGCGUGACAAGGAACGACAACGCUAAACAAACCGCCGGUGCCGGCAUCUGCGGCGGCGGCAACAACGAGGCUUUACUUGGCUUCGAAGACUCGAGUCUGGGCGCGUUCAGCGCCUCCCUCGAAGAUCUCGUGAGUUCGUUUGACGAGAAAAUCACAAAGUGCCUAAGGGACUAUGAUCAAACGACAGAUCAAAUCGCACCGGUUCAAGUUCGAAGCCAGGAGGAGAUUAUGAAAACCGAUCAGGUAUGGUGGACACUGACCGGAAACUAUGGGAACAUCAUGCCCAUCGAUUGGUCCAAGAGUUACGCUCGCAAAAUGCAGCUGGAUGCCCUUAAUAUUAAUGAACACUACAACGACUGCCACACUCUGCGACACAGUGUGGACUCAUCCGACGAAGAGGACUUGGAUCGAGAUCUGGACCUCCACUCCUUGAUUCUUUCCAGUCUACAGUCGGAACCACCAAACGUGCAAUCUGCUGAUGAGGUUAUUCAACAAAUUGAGGAUAUUAUGGCGGAGAGCUGUUCGUCGGACGACGGGAUUGCUUCCGGAGAAACGACUCCAGUAAACACUCCCGAUCGCGGCGAGGUCCCCGUCGACAAAGAUGAUUCACUACGGGCACAAAUCGCCGGUCUGAUUCGAUCCGACCACAUCAAGUCUCUCAGCGUAGCCGAACUGGUCGAAGUUCACAGCGCUCUCGAAAGAGAAAUCCAAACCCUAUCCGAGACCUUGGUGGCGGAGCUGGCGCAGAGGGACGAGCUUGACUUCGAAAAAGAAACGAAGAACACGUUCAUCUCGCUGCUGCUGACCGUCCAAAACAAGAGACGGCAGUUCACCAUCGACCGCAAAAGAGGACGAGGUCACACCAUCGUCAACGGAGAACCAAAAUAUCUCACCACGGUGAUCCCGUACAAUCCAGCCGUAGGCGCCAAGGUCUCGGUGUCGGAACUGCAGAUUUUGAUAAAAAUUCUGCACGCGAUCAACGACGAUUCCCCCACAGUGCCCACGCUUCUCACAGACUAUAUUCUCAAAGGUACGAUGGUACUCUAAGGAAAGCGACGCCGAGAAAAAAUCGAGCGACAAACUCAUCAACUAAG